AUGUUAUUGCAAUCCUUAUUUGCUGUGUUGGCUACCUCAGCAGCUUCUGCUUUGGUUGCAGCCGACAAUAUUGCCCUCUACUGGGGUCAAAACGUUGAAGGUCAACAAAAGAGAUUGAGUGAAUACUGUGAAAAUCCUGAUUUUGAAAUCGUUAUCCUUUCAUCAAUUACAAACUUUUACACCGGGUUUGGUGAUUUUGACUUUAACUGUUACAAAAAUAGAACCACUCUUGAAAUGAUUUGCCACAACUUUGAAGAAGAUAUCAAACAUUGUCAACAAAAGGGUAAAAAAGUUCUUUUAUCCCUUGGUGCUCCAACUUCCGUUGACCCUGUUGGUUUCGACAAUACUGAAGAUGCUGUCAAGUUGGCUGAAAACUUAUGGGGUAGAUUUGGUAAUGGAGAUGGUAAAGAAAAACCCUUUGGUAAUGCUCUUAUUGAUGGAUUUGAUUUGCAUAUCACAACAGGCUCUGAUACUGGCUACGUUGAAUUUGCUGAGGCUUUGAGAUCCAAAUUUGAUGGUUCAAAGAACUUUUUGUUGACUGCUUCACCUUCAUGUGUUUUCCCCAAUCCUCAACUUGGUCAAGUUUUGUCCAAAGUUCCGUUGGAUUACACUUUUGUUCAAUUUUAUGACAGUCCAUGUCAAACAAACAAGGCAUUCAAUUUCGACACUUGGUCCAAGUUUGCCGAUUCUGCACCAAAUCCAAACAUGAAGCUGUAUCUUGGUCUUACUACUCGUGGCUAUACCCAAAGUUUCAUUCCACCAAAAGAUUUACCAGAAUUUAUCAAGAAAGUCAAUUGUGACUCUAACUUUGAUGGUAUUUCAUUAUGGGAUGCUUCUGGUGCUUGGUUGAAAGAUAUCGUUGGCGACUGGUUGAUUAACAAGAAUGCUCGUUACAUUGAUGAAAUUAAAUAUGUGUUGGAGAAUGAAACUUGUCCAUCACCUUCGUCAAGCACUACUGCUUCCUCAUCUACUGAGCCAUCAUCGUCUGAGGAGCCAACUUCAUCUGCUGAACCAACCUCAUCAGAAGAGCCAACUUCAUCUGCUGAACCAACCUCAUCAGAAGAGUCAACCUCAUCUGCUGAACCAACCUCAUCAGAAGAGUCAACCUCAUCUGCUGAACCAACCUCAUCUGCUGAACCAACUUCAUCUGCUGAGCCAUCAUCAUCCGAGGAGCCAACUUCAUCUGCUGAGCCAUCAUCAUCCGAGGAGCCAACUUCAUCUGCUGAACCAUCAUCAUCCGAGGAGCCAACUUCAUCUGCUGAGCCAACUUCAUCUGCUGAGCCAUCAUCAUCCGAGGAGCCAACUUCAUCUGCUGAACCAACCUCAUCAGAAGAGUCAACCUCAUCUACUGAGCCAACUUCAUCUGCUGAAUCAAGCUCAAGUGAAGAGCCAACCUCAUCUGCUGAACCAUCAUCAUCCGAGGAACCAACCUCAUCUACUGAACCAACCUCAUCCGAGGAACCAACUUCAUCAGAAGAACCAACUUCAUCUGCUGAGUCAACCUCAUCUACUGAGCCAACUUCAUCUACUGAGCCAUCAUCAUCACAAGAGCAACAAAAUACUGACGAGGCUUCCUCAGAAGAACCAACCACCACUCCAGAAGCAGACGUUUCCUCAUCCACCCUUGACAGCACAACAGUUAUUACCAUUACUUCAUGUCACGAUGAUGGGUGUACCCAAGUUCCAGUUACUACUGGAGUCACCGUAAUUACCGAAGAGUAUACCACCUACACCACUUAUUGUCCAUUGACUACUGCCACUACUGAUGAAACCAAACACAGUUCAAAAGAUUCAAUUGAAACUAAAACUGAUGUCGGUACCACCAUUGUCACUAUCACCUCAUGUGAAGAAAACAGAUGUACUCCAGUUGCUGUCACCACCGGAGUCAUUACCAUCACCGAGAAUGAUACCGUUUACACCACCUACUGUCCGUUACCUACAACUAAGGGCGAUACCUCGGAAAAUGUUGCACCCACUACAACUACUGGAGCUCCAGGUGCUCCUAAAUCAACCAUUGAGAAGGAAGAAGCCAGUAGAAGCAAAGGUGAGCAAGGAGUACAUGAAGUUACUGCCGAGAAGACCACUGUCACUAUGGGUGCUGAAAAGACUACAGGGACCACAAGUGCUGCAAGUGGUGAAGAGACUACUGUUGCUGGUGGUGCUCAUGAAGUUCCAGAAGAAACCAAGACAUCUACUGUCGUCGUUGCUUCUGAAUCAAAGGGAACCAACACUGAAGAAUCAGCUACUACUGUUGCAACUAUUGCUCCAGUUGAAGUUCAAAGUGAAGAGUCUACUGAGAAAGCUUCAUCAACCGCUGCAGCUACUGAAGAAGUUCCAGUUUCAACUUACGAAGGUAAGGGAGUUAGAUCAUUUGCAAUGGAGAACAUCAUGACCAUUCCACUCUUGUGCUUGGCCCUCUUAUUUUAA